AUGAAAGUUUCACUUAAUCUACACGUCAUAAUAUUUUCUUUCUUAUUUUGUACAUGUGUACAAGCUGUGAAUAACAAUCGUGUCUUUCAUGCAUAUGAUAAUAUUCUUACUCUCCAUUGGAAUUCCGAUGCAUUAGAAUACGUGAUUAUUCGUGAUAAUCAGAUAUGGUUUGAAAGUGGUCCGUUUUUCAUCUAUUUUAAUCAGACAUAUUAUUCAUCUGCUCCUCAGCAAGAAUCGUUAGCCAUGUCGGCAUUGUAUUUGAUUGAACAGUAUCAAACUAAUGGAACAGAUGUUGUUUUUGGUUCGUUCGAUAAACUCUCACUUCGUUGGUCUUCGAAAAGCAAUUUGAAUGUGACCAUAUGGGAAACAUCCUUUAAAAUCUUUCGCGAUCAACCGAUCAUUCUAUUUGAACAAUAUUUUCCUGUUGAUCUCGAUGGAAUGUCCAUGGGAAAUGUGCGUGAUACAUUUAAGCAUGUUUCAACGGCAUUUCCGAGAUUCAAAGUGUCAUUCAAUCAAUCAAAUCAGUAUAUUAUCGAUCAGUUAGGUCAUUUCACAUUUCUUGAUGCUUGGGAUUUACAUAUGCGAGGUGUUGGUUUAAAGAACGUCUACAACGGUGGUCUCUACAGCGGAAAUCCUCUGUUGUUGUAUAAUUUAACAAAAUUGGAUUCAAAUGUUGUCCUAUCAAGUUUAACGAAUUUUAUGAUCAACUUUCAAACACGUUCACCAUCAUUAAACUACCACCUAUCCUGUGGUUUACAUGGACGUCUCCAUCAAAUCGACCAGUCACUGUCGUUAUCAACGAUUUUACUAGCGUCACAAUCAAAACAAGGUAUCAAUCGAAUAAUUAACCUCUGGGGUAAAUUGAUGCUGCAAUACUACGGCAAACAGCAUAUCAAAGAUCAAAAAACGUUUCGUAAUGAUUUUUAUGUAUCGAAAUUAGGUUAUUAUACUGACACGGGUGCAUAUUAUUGGUACAAUAAGGAAGGAAAUCUAACGUAUGAGCAAACAUUCAUUAAGCUAAAAGAGUAUCAUUUACAAGAGAAGAUUCCAAUUCGAUAUUAUGAACUAGAUUCCUAUUGGUACUAUAAACAGAAUAACAACACGGGUGAACAUGGAGGAAUUAAGUUGUACGAGCCACGACCGGAUGUAUUUCCGCGUGGUAUUCAAGUUUUACAACACGAUGUUUUACAAACACCGAUAAUUGUUCAUCAUAAGUAUUAUUCAACUGAUAAUUUAUAUCAAACAAAGUAUCUAUUCAAAAACGGCACUGAUGGCAAAGUUUCUUUGCCAUUAGAUCAACGAUUUUUCAAUAAAAUCUUCUCACAAAUCAAACAAUGGGGUGUGGAAAUUNAUCCUUCUUAUAAUCAUUACACCCCUCGCCAAUAUCAUUUACAUUUAGCUGAAGGUGCAAAACAAGCUGGAAUAAAACUCAUCUAUUGUAUGCCUUUGAAUCCUGAUAUAUUAGAAACACUAGAAAACACACAAGUUCAUUAUAUGCGAAUCAGUGAUGAUUAUUCAACGAAUAUUAAUCAAUGGAAUAUCGGUCGAGCAUCGAUGGUAACAUGGGCGAUUGGUGUUAUACCAUUCAAAGAUACAUUUUGGACAAAUUCAAUACAACCACAGUCGCCAUACGGACAGUUCACCGAACCUAAUAUUGAACUGAAUGCAUUAGUCGCACUAAUGAGUUUAGGUGGCGUUGCGAUAUCGGAUAAAAUAGGUAACACAGACUCUCGAAUUGUAAAUCGAUUGUGUCGAUUAGAUGGUGUUCUACUUCGUCCAGAACGGCCUGCAACUGCAAUGGACUCGACAUUUUUAGGUAUUGGUGGUCCACAAGGUGAAAUGUGGCAUACAUAUGCGUCUGACGAACGUCAUACGUUCUUUGUUGAAUAUGUCAUGAUAACAAAUUUAACUGAAUCGUACCGAUUCACUUGGAAUGAAUUGUUCGAUACAUUGGAUGGUGAUGAUGAACCAAAUCGAAAGAUUUCGGAUAAUUAUGUUGUUUUCGAUACGAUUGCUCCAAGUAAUUAUUAUUGGUUUUCAUCCGCAAAUACUUCGUUCGUCCGAAUGCCGGAAUGUUCACAGAAUUUAACGACAUUCUAUUCACCAUUUCAUCUCUUCGUAUUCGUUCCCUUUUGCACUCAAUCGAACUGGUUUCUAUUCGGUGAAUUAACUAAGCAAUUACCAAUAACAAGACAACGAUUCGCCUUCAUGUCAUACGAAACGAAUCGCCUUGACGUGCAUGUCAUUGGAGUAGCUGACGAACAAGUAUCGAUCACAACUGGAGAGACUGCAUCUAUAGGAGGGAAAAUCGAUAUUUAUACGGUUGAAUGCCCUUUUCCCCCAGGAGAAGGUGUAUUAAGGAUGAUGUUAACGUGUCAAACUUCAAUAGGAUGUAGCUGUUCAUCAUAA